AUGGAUUUUGACAAAGAUGCUGAUAAUCAGUUAGAAUUCACAACCACCAAAAAUGUCUCGGUAGUCUCGACAUUUGAAGAGAUGAACCUUAAAGAUGACUUGCUAAGAGGUAUAUAUGGAUAUGGCUUCGAAGCACCCUCUGCAAUCCAAUCAAGAGCCAUCUUACAAAUUAUAUCUGGCAGAGACACUAUUGCACAGGCCCAAUCUGGUACUGGUAAAACUGCCACUUUCACAAUUGGUAUAUUAGAAGUAAUAGAAACAAAACUAAAAGACCCCCAGGCUUUAGUCUUGUCUCCAACAAGAGAGUUAGCUGUUCAAAUUCAAAAUGUCAUCAAAUCUUUGGGCAAUUGCAUGAACUGCAAUGUCCAUGCUUGCAUUGGUGGAACAAGUUUAGGCUCUGAUAUAAAACAAUUACAAAAGGGUCAACAUGUGGUAAGUGGAACUCCUGGCAGAGUCGCUGAUAUGAUCAAAAGAAGAAAUUUAAAUACAAGGCAUAUUAAAAUUUUGAUCCUUGAUGAAGCUGAUGAACUAUUAUCAAAGGGUUUUAAAGAACAAAUUUAUGAUAUUUACCGCUUUUUACCUCCAGGAACUCAAGUGGUGGUUUUAAGUGCUACUUUACCCCAUGAUGUUCUUGAAAUGACUUCAAAAUUCAUGUCUGAUCCUGUCAGAAUCUUAGUCAAAAGGGAUGAAAUUACUCUCGAAGGAAUUAAACAGUAUUAUAUUUCUGUUGAAAAAGAAGAUUGGAAAUUCGAUACUUUAUGCGAUUUAUACGAUUCAUUAACAAUAACUCAGGCUAUUAUAUUUUGCAACUCUAAAAAAAAAGUCGAUUGGCUUGCUGAUCAAAUGAAAAAAUCAAAUUUUACCGUCGUAUCAAUGCAUGGAGAUAUGAAGCAGGAUGAAAGAGAUCACAUAAUGAAUGAGUUUAGAUUGGGUCAUUCAAGAGUCCUAAUUUCAACCGAUGUUUGGGCAAGAGGCAUAGAUGUUCAACAAGUAUCUUUAGUCAUAAACUAUGAUUUACCUUAUGAUAGAGAUAGCUAUAUUCAUAGAAUUGGUAGAUCUGGAAGAUUUGGAAGAAAAGGUGUUGCAAUCAAUUUUGUAACUGACGAUGAAAUUAAAUCUCUUCAUGAUAUAGAAAACUAUUAUUCCACUGAAAUUGAAGAAAUGCCCGUAAACCUCAGCGAGGUUAUGUAA